AUGAAUACGGGUGAUGAUGAACCAUCGUCUGGUUUAAAUGGAAGACUGAGACCAAGAAAGUCUACUAUUCCCAGCACGCAAUCUACUAAGAAUAUUCAAAAAUCUGAUGACAAAAUCGCUUACGAGAAACCCAAACGCGCUUGUACCCUGUCCAAAGCGACAUAUAAACUAGAUGAUCUCUCUGCAAAGGCUGAUUCUUCAUCUAUUCUGCAUCUACUUUGCCCCUACUGCGAUAGAAAAUUUGCUUCUAAGCAAACUUUAUCUAAACAUACACUACGUGUGCAUAUCUCAAUUUCAAAACAGGACUCAAACAUUGGGUGUCUGUACUGUAGCCACACGGAUGCAGAUUGCAACCACAUUUUGCGACACAUGGUUGAGAACCAUCCCAAUGAGUACUUUGCCUGUCUAUACUGUCAUACUCGUUUCGCAUCAACUAUUGAGCUUGCUGAACAUGAGCUUAAUAUUUGUGAAAAGCAAAAGAUACCAUACCGUAGCAAACUGCGACAGAAAGUGUCGGAUGGAACCAAGAAAAAUCAGAAAUCGAUCAAAAUUGAUACUAAAGAUUUCCGGAAUGACGCUAAAACAUUCACUGAUGUUCAUGGAUUUAAUGGCAUCGUUAUUUCUUGUGAACUAAAACCGUCACAAGUAAAUGAUGAUGCCGAUAUAGAGGAUAACAUAACAACGAAUUUAAUUUUACCGCCCAACAAAAGUCUAGUUAAUAAUGCAGUCAUAGAAAAAAAUGCAGUUAUCAUCUUGGACGAUAUACAGUGGAACAAACGAAUUCCCUCUAAUUUUUCUUUUCAUAAUACAGACGCAGAUCAGAUACUUUCUAGAUUGGGAGUAGUUCAUCGAUCACCUAGAACAGCAGAAUCUACAAAAAAGGAGUGGUUUCGCGCUAUAGAUGAGUCCUCACAAAAAUUCGAGAAAUGCUUUGAUACUAGUUUCUACUCUAAGGUUGCUAGUAAUGUUCAAGAAAAUUUAACUAAAUUUUUGGAUGGUUCCUUCAAUUUUAAUCCCGAUCCCGACAGCACUAUUAAAACUAGGAAGUCUAAAAAUAGUGUCGUAAUUAACACCGCUGAGGGAUUUCCAAUACUGUUGGCUUAUGCACAGUACUCCCGCAAUACUUUCGAUGGUUACAUGCCACGAGCCAUAGCGCCAAAGCACAAAUGGAAAUGGGAUAGUUUGGAAUCUGACAGGAACCCUAUAAAUCCGGAUCAGAUCAAACGCGAUAGUCAUACCAACAAUUGUAUCAUUACCUUAAUAUCUAGUUUGGACAUCUGGACACAGUUACGUAUGCGAGGAAAAUAUGAAGAUAAAUAUAAUUAUUCUCCGAUUGGAAAGAAGACAGACAAACAAAAUACUAUCGGUAAAGAAUUGAAAGAGAUAUUGGAGAGCAGAGAGUUACCAACAUCGUCAUUAAAUGUAAUAGGACAUACCAAUAAAACCGUACCUAAUGUAGAGGGGCUUGAAUUUCCAACUUCAUUAGGACUGACUCCGUCAGUACCAGAUUAUGAUAUGCCGCCAGCUGUAUUGAGUGGAGAGUGGGUCCGACCGAGAUGCUAUGUUUGCUGUGCUUGUGGUUUUCCGUCUUACGACUCUCGCUCGCUUUCUUCGCAUAUUGGUACCCAACAUCCAAAUGCACAAGUGCAGCAUUAUGACGUAGUCGGAGAACUACAUUUAAAUGGUAACAUUUCAAAACAUUUAUAUGUGCCGCCGAGUCAAAUGUACAAUCGAACCAGACCAUUGAGGGGAUUCAGGGAAUGCACAAAAUGUAAGAAGUCAGUCUCUUUGGAAGACCUGCAUCAACACAUGUUAGAUUGCGCGGGGGACACUCCGACAGUUCGCAGAAAGUGUCGCUAUCGACCUUUUGGGGUACGCAGACGUCGUUCUCGCUUGCCGGAUAAUAGAAUAAGUAAGAAAAUGCGAAAAGACAUUCGAUCCAGACAAACUAGACAGAAGAGUCACAUGAGACCAAGACCUAGAAACAGAACUGAGGUUGGAGAUGCUGAAACCAUACGAAAAAUGUUAGCUGAUUUACCAGCGAAACGUCACCGUGUUAUGGUAAAUACAAUGAAUCCAAUAUUGCGACCUCGUAAAAAAAUUGACAAACAAAGAAAUAAAUUUUUACUAAAAAGAAGAUCAUCCGAAGAUCCGAAGUCCAGAAAAUUAAGAUCUAUUAAAUUUUCGAAUAAUGGACCAACGGGGUCAACCAGUAACGAUAAUCAUAAAAGUGUAACAAGUAACGAUGACGACGAUAAACCUUUAAAGCCAAGACUGAACCGUGUAACAACUAAAAGUACAUGCCAAAAUGAAAGUAUGAGACGACGGACCGGUAUUAAUACAGCAAAAAGAAAAUCACAAUUAGAAGGACAAAGUGCAACUUUGAACACUACGGAAAUGUCUAUUCUACAGUGCUCUGGUAGUGUUUCUUUUGAUCAGCUGUCAAUAGACAAUACACCACAAAGAAUUGACGUAAACAAUGGCCCAUAUAAUACAAGAGAACAUUCAAGUCGUGGUGGAUCCAAUACUCGUGAGCAUAAUAGAUCAGGCUCCAGCAGUGACAAUGGAAAUACUAACAAUUCCCAUGCUCCAACACAAAAUGCUCCUUUAAAACAUUCCAUUGCUAGUUUGACUGCUGACUCAGAGACUCAUGAUAAAUCUGUGCAAUUUCACCAUUCAUUUUUGGUUCAGCAAGAAUGCAACAAUGUAAAUCAUGUGCCAACGGGAGAUCGUUUAUUUUUCGAAAAUGAAGCAGCCGUUACAAAGCUCGAUAAACCACCUUUACACUUUAACCAAAGAAAUGCAAUAGAUCCUUGUGGAUUGCAAAAAGGAAAUAAACUCGGUAAACCUCGAAAAGGUUUAAAUGAUUGCAUAGCAAUGUUGAAGAAUAAAUUAGAAGUACCAAGUAGCGUACCUUCGUCACAAAUAUCUGUCCAAUGUGGAAGCGACGAGCCUCUUCAUUCUAACAGUGUUAUCACUAAAUCGAAGAUAGUGGAUCCAGAAAGUCAAAUUGAAAUUAUAGAGAGUAAACCAGCUCAGGUCUUUUCUAGGCAUAAGUUAACGUUCGAAAGUGCAUUUGAUAAUGUUAAUCAGAAAACAUAUGAUUACCAAUACUUAUCUACAUCUCAAUAUACAAAUUCAAGCGGAUCUAUGUUAGUUGUAAAUCCACCUGACAAUGUCAUAAACCAAAAAGCUAGUAAAUGCAAAUCAAAAUCUAGGAACGUGUCCUCUAAAUGUGAAAUAACACGCCGAAGAUCUGCUAGCCAUCUCAAAAAUGAAAUCCCUUUGAAAGAAUUCGAAUUAGUUCCGCAAAUAGUUGUUACUACUCAAAAGCAAAGUGAAGUGUUAACUAAUAUUUCAGGUAAAGUUAAGCAAAGUUUUAGUUCUAGUCAAAAAAUCAAUCUCGAGAUAGAGACGGAUAUAUAUAAGCAAAGAGCAAAUGUCAGUCAAAAUAGUAAAUUAUCACCAAGACAAAAUUCAGAAAUGUAUGCUCAUCCUAGCAUAAUUAAAAAGCCAGGCCCUUCGUUAUCUCCCCAAACUACUGCUAAAACAUUCUCAACACAGCAAAAUAACGUUGAAAUAUAUGGACAAGCACGACCAACCUCACAGUUGCAAUCUGAAAUUUAUUCUUGCUCUAAGCAAAAGCAAGGUAUAUCUCCAAGUAUUCAUUCCAACUCUCAACAACAAAUUCAGAAUAUACACCACAAUAUACAGCAAUCUCCAAAUUCUGAUCCAGCAUUAUCACAAUCUAAAAUCAAGCAAAAGACAAGUCAUUGUCUCGAUGCCAAUUCAAACCAACACUCAAUAAUUAACAUAAAUACUGAAUAUACCUCCAAUAACACCACAUCUGUAGAAGAUUUUGAAGAAGCUGAGUUACCACAAAUUUCAGCAGAAAUUCCACCAGCUCAUGCCAGUAAUAACAUAGAAUCUCUUGUCUCAGUACCCUUGGAUUUAUCAGGUAAAGUAACGAAUGUAGAGAGCUCAGACAAUUUGUUGAAACCAGAUAGCUCUCAUGUAAGUGACUAUGAAGUUUAUGAAACACUUGAUUUAUCCAGUAAGAAUAUUGUUUUAUCGGAGACAGACAUGACUGCUAUUACGGAUGUUGUGGUUGAUCUGCGUAUUAAACCGUCGCCACGAUCCGCUCAUACAAGUUCUUUAGAUUUGGCAACAAAAAAUGAUCUUGAAAAUAUUGCCGAUUUAUCUAUUAGGGAACGUGAAGUUGAUAGUGUGCCCACAGACUUAUCAAUGAGAGGCAAAUUUAUGUAUAAUGCUCCAUACGAAAUAAUACCUAAUGCACAAAGGCAUGAUUUACAAGAAUUGUCUAGUAUUAAAACUACUAUUUCUGUCCAAAAUGAAUUACCACAUGCUGAAGACGCUACUGUGGUAACUCCUACUGAUUUAUCAGGCAAAGUAGUUAAAGAUAAGAUUUCCCAAAAGGUUGAAGACAUUAAUAUAAAAUUCACUACAAACCAAAGUGUAAGUGAUAGACCAGUUACCAAUUCGUCAAAUUUAACUGUAAAGGUUGAUAAAGAAAAACACAGAGAUUAUUUUGUUAAGUCACCUGUGACAGCAAAGGAAAGUAGAAGAGGUUGUGAUCAGAUUAUUAACAAACCAGUUACACGAACUUUUGAUAAAACUACUCCGCAAAAUCAGUUAUAUGAACCUACGUUAAAGGUAUCUCAGUUUAAAAUAAAAACAACUGCUACAACUACAUCAACUUGUACAGAGCCAAUUGAUGUUCUUAAUACUUUUCAACCAUUGCAACGUAAUACAGAUCCCCUUACAAAUACAUCAAUUGUAUCAGUAGCUGAGACUAAAUCCCAAGAUUCUACUUUUACUGAUACUUCACUAUCAGUAUUAAUACCUCAGGAGCAUUUAUCUUAUGAAAUGAGAAAUACUUCUUUCAUUUCCAGUUCGACAAGGAGUACUAUUAUCCCCAUUUAUACUUUAUCAAAUCCUAUAUCUACUACACCUAUUAGUAAACAUGAAAGUACAACACCGGUUUACACCUUAGCAAAUGCUUGUAUUUCUGUAACCAAAAUUGAUCGGCCAGGGCUAAUACCUUUAACGAGUUCAUUGUUGAGUAUACCUGGAACAACAAUUGCGAGUACUACAUCAGUAUAUACAUUAGCUGGAACAACAAUUGGUGCCCCAAUGAACUACGGUGCACCUCCUAAUCUCUCUACACAGAUUUCACCUUCAACUACAAGUAACUUCACUCUUCCUAGUUUUCUUACUGAUACUGCUACAUCGGAUAUGAAUAGCUACAAAACUAAUCAUAACAUUUCUCCUGAUACUACUGUUACUACAGAAAGAGACUUAAAUAUGGUGAAUAAAAUAGGCAUUUCGGCGGUCGAUCAGGAUCCAGAAACAGCAAGAAAGAUAGCGUUGUUACCUAAAGAGUUGGUUGAAAUAUUAGGAACAAUGCCUGUUGGACAUAGAAAUCAACUUUUAAAUGUUUUACCUCAAUAUGUUUCUAAUAUUGUGACUACUUCAAUUUCAUUAAGUGAAUCUACACAUAUUACUACAAAUACCUCAACUGCUAUAUUGAAACCGCCUGGCUUUCCUUCAGUAACUAGUACUCCAAUUGUUGCUGAGAUUGCGUCAUUUGGCCACGAUAAAUACAAUGUUGCACCAUUAAAUGUAAUUUCACCAUUGACCUCACUACAUCAAUCAAUGGGAACGUAUCAAGCUAAGUCGCAAACAACUGGUACAUUAGAUUUCCAGAAAAAAGAUUCUCUAGAAUGUGACAUGAUUCCUCUAGCCUCAUCAACAUUUUCUCGUACCUCUGCAUUUGAUAAUGUUGGUACAACGCUGUUACCAAUUACUAAAAAAAUGGAUGAAGAUACCAAACUGGAACUAACUAUAGAAAAUAAAGGAAAAGUUCAGGUUGGUCACAUUUCUGAAAGCUGCCCAAAUUUAUUGUUAAAUGAAACUAUUAUUGAUUUGACAGAUGAUGACAGUAUAAUACCUACAACUAAUGUCAAAUUAGCGGAUGAAUUUCCUCGUAAUAUUGUAGUUACAUCACACGAAACUCAGACUUUUGUGUCAGUUACAAAUACAAACAAACAAAAAUCAACAAACGAGAAAACAUCCAGUUUAAGAGCCGUUCGCAUAAAAGCUCCUUCAGAAAGGCACAAAUCCAUUACAGAUAUUUCAUUACAUAAACCACUUUUGGAACCUCAAAUCAAGUGUAAUAUAAAUGACCAAGAAAAACAGAUAUGUAAGGUCUUGGAUACCGAUAAAACUAUGAUCUCCCAACAAGUAGAAGUAUCUAGUACCCAGUACAGUAACAAUCCAUGCGAACUGGUUGCUCCAACAUUACCUGAUAAGUCUACAUUAACAUACGAAGAUAUGAAAAAUAAUUCUGCAAGUUUGCCAAAUACAAUCAGAAAAGAAGAAAUUCUUCAAGCUAGAAAUGAACAUCUUAGAAACGAAUUAGUAGUUGAAACUUCUUCAAUUUCCCCUCCCGAUUCAAUGACUAAUGAGUUUGUUGCAAGACAGUCAUCUGAUUCAGACACAUGUAAAGAUAUCGAAAUUAAUUUUGCGUCAGUAAACGAAAACAUAAAUAAAACGUCUUCACAAAAUAUAAAUGCAUCGAAAGUAUCUGAAGAGAUAGUUACGGCUAUAAACAGUGAUCUAAAUAAUAAAACCUUACUUCAAGAAUAUCAAACAAUGCAGGAAGAUGUGACUACUACUGAGAAGAGUUUAUUGGAAGAUAAUUCAAGAGUAGAAGUACAUGAGGAAGAUGAAUCUGAUGAUGAUAUUUCAUUGGCGGUAAUAGUGAAGCAAAAGCAAGAAGAACAUAUAUAUAAUCCCACGUGUAAAGAUGACACCUUUAAACUUAUAGCAGAGAAGAGUGACAGGCUUGAAAGUAAAAAGAAAAAGAAAGAUAGAAAACUUAAGAAAGUUAAAGAUGUUACCACAGAACAAUGCACAGAUAUGAUAACUUUAGAAUUAUCAGAUAAUUCAGCAACAAAUAUCUCUGUUGAUAAGCAGGAUGAAAUAUGUACCAAACAUCUAGAUGGUAAUGUUGCAGAGACAGAAAUUGAAGCCACCAUGAUUGGAGACAAACAUUCCAAAAAGAAAACUAGGAAAAAUCGUCUAAAUAUUAAUUCAUCAGAAGUGUUAGAACAACAAACAGAGGAAAAAAAUGAAAAUAAGGAGCUGGAUAAUAUUAACAUAACCCAUGAUAAUAAAUUUGAUAAAAUCGAAUGUACAAAAUUUGAAGAUAAAAUAUCUAUGUCUAAAGAUAUUAGCAACAGUCAGAAUAAUAGUCACGUUUCUACAUCCAUGAAAUUUGCAGAUGACGACGUUAAUAUGAAAAAUGACGACGCUUAUCUUAAUAAUAUGCAUAUGGAUAACUUAGAUGAACUUAAAGCUAAUAAAUGUAUUAAUUUGAACCCAGUUACAAAUAUUGAUACAAGAACUAUAGUAUGCGAAACUGUAACUGAAGAACAAAAGAAAAAGAAAUCAACGCUAAGCUCUUUGCGUAGCAAUGAAGAGUGUUCUAUAUUUGUAAGCAUACAUGAAGAAAAAGAAAUUCCUAGCCUGUCAAGAAAGAAAGAAGAUUGUGAAACUAAGAAUGAAAACACUAAAUUAAAAUCUGAUGAACUUAUAUUGGUAAUAAAAUGUGAUGAUUUCGAUACCAAUGAUACUAUUAGUGACGUAUGCGUAGACUCAGAAAAAGAAGAUAGUAUGUCUACUCCGUUACGUCGCAGUAGACGCGGGAAAUCCCUAUUCGUUGAUAAUGAAUUGGCUUGUGUUGAUAAUAUGAAUAUACAACCUAAUGUACCAUUGGAACAAAGAACUCCACUUACUAAAAAACAAUUAAUAUUUUCAAAACUUUUGCUCGACGAAGAAAACACUAAAGGUCCGGCUCAUUCUACACCAGAAAAAAAUAUAGAUGCAAAUAAACUUAAUAUUACUUUGUCAUCAAAUGUACUAUGCACGACUAAUGAAAUAGGACCCAUUUCAAUUAUUGAAAAAACAAGAUCGAAACGAAGACUAUCGCCUUCUGAAAAACGUAGAAAUAAAAAAAGAAAAUCUUUGGAAGACUGUCAUCUUGAUGUGAGUGACUGCACUGACACUGAUAAUUCUCAAAGUCUCUAUGAAUCUACUACUAACAUGGGUAUUUCUUUAUCAAAUACAGCCGAAUCUAAGAGUCAUGAUAAAUUAAAUGCUACUUUAAACAAAGGUAAUCUGUCUAAUAAACGAUUAAUUGAUGUUAAUGAAGUAAUCACUCCUAUUAGCAAUGAUGAUUCUGAUGUCAAUUCAAAUAAAACUGAUAUUGCCGAAAGUAAUAGUGACAAAUUAGUGUACUCUAUAGAAAAACGAAAAGCCAAUAUAAACCAAGAUUUAAAUCAAGGUCCGAAACCAAAAAAAUCUAAAACUAAUUUUAAAGACGUGGAUAAAGAAGAGAAUUACGUUACAGAUAAAAUAAAUAUAAAGUAUAAAUUACACGCAAGUGGCAGCUCAGAUGUUCGCACAGCGUGCUACAACUUACCUGUACCAUCCAAACGAACACGUUCUAAAUCAGUUGUUGUAAAAUCUUCAGAAGCACUAACGUACGAUCCUUAUGACAUCGACUUAGAUGAUAUGAUAAAAAAUCCUAAUCCAUUACAUGCCGGUAGAGAUGAUAAUAUUUUACGAAAAGGUUCUACAUCUAAGACUAAAGAAAGGUCUUCAAAUUCAAAUAAAAAAUAUUUAGAAACAAAGGAAAUUGUGAUUAAAAAAAGUAUUGGCAAAACAUCGCAUCAAAAGUCUCAAGAUACUUUUAAUUCUAUAGAACAACAUGAAUCUACGGUUCCCUCUGAAAAGGCUAAUAUUAGCGAUUCAGACGAUUCAUCUAAAAGUGAUGUACCAUUACAAAAGUAUGUAGAAGAAAAAGAAAGAAGGAUUUCAGAGUUGGACUCUAAUGAUCUUUCGAGUUCGACGGUUAAAGAUAUAAACGACGACAAUGAUAUCGAUGAUAAUGAACAGUCUAACGACAAAACAUAUGACGACAAUAAAAAGAGCCGAAGAACACUGGGAAUUUGUAAUAAUGUAGAAAGCAUAUCAGUUCAAAAUGAAGCAGAUGAACAACUUCGGUCAGAACAAUUUAUGGAAAGUUUCGGUUUCUUCUCUGAAAGAAAACCAAGAAAAUCUAAUUUAUUAGCUUCAAAGAAAAUAUCAGAAACAUUCCAUAUUAUAGCAAAUGAAACCGACGAUGUGUUGUUUGGAUAUAAAGAACGGGCAACAAAAAAAUCUUUACAAAAUGAAAAUAAGAAGUCGGCUGAAGGUGAAACCAACCCCAAAGCACCACAGCAGUCUCUCCCUAAAGUAAAUAAAGCUUCUAAACGUGGACGUAAAAAGAAAACUGUUAUUAAAACAGUUCCACGUUUCUGUAAUGUUUGCAAGAAAGAAUUUCGCCGGUCUGAUAACUAUUUAAGACAUCAAAUGACAAUGCUUCAUGUAUCAAAAUUAUGUGAAGUAGAAAUGAAGAUUAAAACCAAUCCUGUGCAUGAGGAACCUAAUUAUCUAAUAGCUUAUAAACAAUAUGUAGACCGGUUGAAAAUAUUGACAGAUAAAUUUAGUAAACGAAAGAAAAGUAAGACUAAAAAAUUCAAAUUACCUCCUGUUGAAGAAAUAAUGUCCGAGUUGAACAUCAUUAUUAGAGAUCAGCAACUAUCAGAACGAGAACUCAGUAGAGAUGAAGCACUGUUCAUAGAUUGCUGUGAGCUUUUGAAGGAGUCACACAAAACUGAUCAUAAUAAUAAAGAUAGAACUUCACAAACAUCAGUAGCUAGAUUAGACCUUAUUGAAAAACCAUUAAGUGAUGAAAAAUUCGACUCCAAGAGUGAUGGAGAUGUUGAUUCUAUAACAGCAAAAAAUAUUCUUGAGAGUGAAGAAGUACGAAAUUUAGAAAAUGAUUUGAUUUCCGGCCUGAAGGAAGCAGCUAAUGCGAAGAUAGAUUACAGUAAUGCAAUGUCUGGUCAAAAUUUAAAUCCAAUUCAACAUCAGACUGAAAACUGUUCUUCGACUUCUAAUUUAGAUGAAUCUCGUUUUGAAACAAAUCAAUUGAGUGUUACCGAUAAAACUUUAGCACCUAAAGCAAAAAAAAUACCUGAAUAUAAAGAAAAGAUGUAUCCUGAUAUUAUAGAAGAUAUAGAUAUGUAUGAAGAUAAAUUUGAUAAAAUUAAAAGGAAAUGUAGAUCUCAAGCAGCUGCUGCGAAACAAACACAAAUUGAAGCGAAACCAAGUAUCAGCCGCAAGGGGCGAAAGAAAUCUAAUAAGAAAAAAAACAAGAAGAGUUCUAAGAAAAAUUCCCAAAGCACUCAAGUUCUAACCAAAGGUGCUUUGAAAGGCUUUGACGGCAUCAAAGUAUCCAUCCCGCGAUCGGAUAUUGAUAUGUCCACUAUAGUUCCGCCUAUAGAAAUUUCGAAAAAGAAGAAAAAGAAAACAACUUCAAAAAAAAAGAGAGAUAAAAAAGAUUCUGAAUCAAGUAGCAAAUCUGAGAGCGAACAUCGAAGUAACGAGGUUAAUUCUGAGCCACAGAAAAAAGUAGACGUUUAUGAAUUUAUGGAUAACGAAGAUGCAGAAUUAUUUGAAUUUAGACCAUCGACUCUAAUGGAAAGAUUUAAAAGUAUUAAUAAAGAUCAACCGAGUACCUCGAAGUGUAAUCCUGUUGAGGACGCAAUAGAAAACUCAAGCGAAAGUUGUUCAUACGGUGAUGACUUUGUGUAUAUGUCAGACGAUUAUGUCAAUAGUGAUGAGACGGAAAAUAGUUUAGUGUCUAGCGAAACAGGAAAUAAUAAAGGAAUAAAUGACAAGAAAAAUUCAACUUCAUUAAAAAGGAAGGAUAUUGUUGAAAAGAAUGCCGUAAUGGGUAAGAUAUUUAAACACAAUGCAGUGAGAACUGAAAAGAAGAAUAAGAACAAGGAACCUAUUACAAAGCCUAAAGCUAAUUUAGAUCAGCUGUUUGACAGUUUACUAGAAGAUGAACCAAAUCCUUCCACGUCUAAAAGGGAUAGUACGUCACCACCACAAAAAAAUGAUAAGGAAUCAUCUAAAGAUCAAUCUAAAGAUCUUGAUCAAUCUAAAGAUGAUUCACAACCGACUACACCUCAUAAUGAUGAUGUAUCUACAAUUAAAGAUAAUUUUGUUUCACCUAAAAAAAUUCGCACUACUUCGUCUCAUAAAAAAGAUAGUAAAAAAAUAUCGAAAAAACAUAGCUCAUCAUCUAAAGAAUUUAGGCAUUCCUCUAAAAAGAAACGAAAUUCUUUGGAGGAGGAUAAAUUUGGUCCGUCUACAUCAAAACAAUAUGAGACCAAUUUACCAGUUGAAUAUUAUGGUCCUAGUACAUCCAAAAUGCAUGAUACGACGCUGCCAAAGGAUUAUAAAACUCCAUCUCCAAAGAUAUAUGAUACUACAUCCUUAAAUAAAUAUGGAAACACCUCACCACUACAUGGAGAUUCGUCCCAAACUUCUCAUGAAGACCUGUUUGAUAAAUAUGACUCAAAAAAUAAAUCGCCAGUGCGGGCAGAAAGCGACGGCGUCAGUAUGAGUUUCGAGUUUUCUACUGACUCGCUGGAUCUAACUUUAGAUGACGCUGGAGUAGCUCGACAAAGAGCGCGGCGAAAAUGCACUGUAGGAAAACAGAAUGUGUUAGCUGAAAGUUGGAGUUCGGAAUCUGAACCAGAUGGUAGACCUCCGCGACCAUGUAGCGCUGAAUCAGUACUAGGUGGCGCCCGGAAAAGAAAAGGAAAAAAGAAAGAAGGGCAACAAUCGAGCGGGCGUAAAGGUAGCAACAAGUUUUUGUUUAAAAAGCAAGACGUUGAAAGCAGGGUAACUAGUAGUAAUCGUAACACGUCGAGUAGCGUUGCAAUUGGUAGCGGGACUGGUAAAUUCCUAGUUGAAGAUUCUUUGGUCAGAGGAAAUGGGGCCAGUACCAGCGGAGGGGGCGGUAGUGUCUCGACAGGGGUACAAGUGUCGCUUGGUCCGCCCGUCAAUCCUGGCCCGUCUGGAUUGAGAGGGAGGCCACGCCAUACGACAUACUGCUGGUCCUCAGAGGGCGACGAUGAACAAGAGCAUCUCCAACAGCAUGGAUGGAUCGUUGGAGAUAGCCACAAGAAAUUAGUUACGAUGUUAGCACAUGCUAAAGGACGUAAGCGUAACAAUGACGAUAAAAGUCAUUUGGUAGAAUAAGGUUAGCUUUUAGAUUAUAAUAAUCUUGUAAAUAUACUGUAUAUAAUGAUCUAGUUCUUUAUAAAAUGUCAUUUUUCGUGACAUUUUGACCAGAAACCCUUUUAAAACUAAAUUUAAUUGAGUUCCGUUCUGUAAAUAAUGUAUAUCUUUUAUAGUAUAUUUUAGUUAAAUUAUGAAUGAGCCUAUGUACUGUUAGGACUGGAUUUAUUUAAGUAAUUAUUUGUUAAAAAGCCCUUACAGUAUAAUUGCUAAAUUUUUAGAUUAAAUAUAUUUUGGUCAUUAUUCGAGUCCUCUAUCCCUUACUAAUCGAUUGUUUAACUACUGUCUGUAAUUAUUAAUGGAUGUUUAAGAUGGACGGGGUAUUCUAUAAAGCUAUGGGCUAUGACUUGCACAGUGUCAUGAACUGCAAUAGAAAGGAAUGUAGUAAAAGUUUGCGGGGAUGUCGAUACACAGUAAUUACAGAUAUGUGUGUAAGUUAGAAACGGGUAAAAUAUAUUAAUAAAUGUCUAAUAUAAUCUACGAAUUUCUGUCUAAUAACAUUAUCAUUAUUGUGAUUAUUCUAUGAAACUAGCAUAAGUGUACAAGUUUUAGCCGAUAUUAAUGCCCCUGUCUCUCCUCGUCGACGAUGUUCGGUUAGUCUUUGCCAAUCAACUGUGAGGACAGUUUUAAUGUGUGUUAAAUACAUAAAGUAUAUUAUUGUGUUCCUUGCAUAAUAUAAGCGGAUCUAAUUAUAAAAUAUAUAAAUGUAUAUUAUUUCGAAAAUUAUGCAGAUGUUUUAAUUUGUUCAGCGAGAUUAUGUUUGAGAGUGCGUAUGAGGCUGAUAACGCGGUCUGCGUGAUAUUAUGUAUUGUUUAUUAAAUUUGUUAUGAAUUAUUUUAUACAUUGAAGAAAAUAGUCAAUUUAAUUAUAUUACGAAAUCUCAAUGCAUUAUUUAUGUUUUUAUUAUCUAGUCCACGAAAGACUAAACCCCAUUAUCAGCCUCGGUACAUUGUGAUGUUUCCAAUUAUAUCAAAAAGAAGACUUAUUAUUUCAAAGCGUAUACAAGUUAUGUUAAAUUGCUUGUGUGCAUUAAUUUUAUAUUGACUGUGUUUAUAUAAAUGGCGUAAUCGAGUUUAAUUCUUGAAUAAAGCUCAAUG